AAAAAAAAAUUGUCGCUCUGUUCCCUCUUUCCUGCGCCUCAUCGCUCCGUCGCGGUCAUCCUCCGCCGAUUCCCUUUGCCCUCCACCGGCGCCGUCGCCAGAAGCGAUGUGCCCGCCACGCCCACCGCCGGCCUUCCUUCUGCCACAUAUGUACGGCUGUAAGCCGAGUGAAGCCCCAUUAAUCCCUCGGGUUGGUGCGCCACCCGCCCCUACGCCGUCGGCGUCGGGCCGCCACCGUCGCCGCGAGCCACCCCGCCGGAGCUCCACCUGACGGUAACCCAUUUCUUAGCAUUAUCCCCUUUCCUGUUCUUGAGUAAGACUACUACUUUUACAGUUUCACGGUGGCUGAUGCAGACAUUACAGCGAAAAACUUAUCCUGCUAGAUAUUUUCCUGAUGUGAAAUUCCCCACGGAGACCAGACCAGCAGCCAAUGCUGAAUAACCACCUUGUAUUAUUGUGUGGUCCGAGAAUCACCACCGUUCCGGGCAAGCUGGACAUUCAACUCCUGCAAAUUAAUGUGAUGAAUGAUGAGCUAAUAUUCAACAAAAACCAGACACAAGUCAGAGCACGUUUCCUCUUAGUGCGUCGUGGCGUUAGAUCGUCCAAGGAUCCAAGCAAACGUUACCUUCAUGCCAUUCUCCUCCUCCUUCCUUGGCUCCCUCCUUUGAUCUUCACAGGAGAGUCAUAUGUGACAGAAUCCUGAAUAGCCGCUCUCCGCCGGCGACAAGCUCGUCUCGAGCAACGGUGUCUUUGCUCUUGGCUUCUUCUCCCCCACAAACUCGACUGUGGGCUCAUACGUCGGCAUAUGGUACAACAACAUCCCCAAGCGUACUUAUGUGUGGGUUGCUAACCGCGACAAGCCGAUCACCAACGCUUCUUCCGGGAAGCUGGUUGUGACCAACAACUCUGAUCUUGUGUUGUCUGACUCCCAAGGCCGCACUCUUUGGACAACCAUGAACAACUUCACAACCGGAGCCACGGGAACUUCUGCUGUACUUCUCGACUCCGGAAACUUUGUCAUCCGGUUGCCCAACAGCACAGACAUAUGGCAAAGCUUCCAUUACCCAACCGACACCAUCCUCCCCGGCAUGCAAUUACCACUGAGCACAGAUGAUGAUCUCUACACUCGCCUCGUGGCUUGGAGGGGCCCUGAUGACCCAGCCACCAGCGACUACUCCAUGGGCGGUGACUCUAGUUCAGACCUCCAGGUUGUCAUCUGGAAUGGGACGAGGCCGUAUUGGCGCAGAGCUGCAUGGGAUGGUGCGUUGGUCACUGCCCUGUAUCAAAGCAGCACUGGCUUCAUCAUGACCCAAACAACUGUCGACAUAGGGGGUAAGUUCUACUUGACAUUCACCGUCUCCGACGGCUCGCCAAGCACGCGCCUGAUUCUGCACUACACGGGCAUGUUUCAGUUUUUAGCGUGGAACAGCACCUCAUCGUCAUGGAAUGUUUUCAUAGAGCGGCCUAAUCCUAGUUGUGACCGCUACGCCUAUUGUGGACCAUUUGGUUACUGUGAUGCCACUGAAACAGUUCCGAAAUGCAACUGCCUCAGUGGGUUUGAGCCUGAUGGUGUAAACUUCUCCCAAGGGUGUCGGAGAAAGGAGGAGCUGACAUGUGGUGGUGGAGAUAGUUUCUCAACCUUGAGUGGCAUGAAGACACCCGAUAAGUUUGUGUAUGUCAGGAACAGAAGCUUUGACCAAUGCGAAGCAGAGUGCAGAAACAACUGCGCUUGCACCGCAUAUGCUUUUUCUAACAUGAAAAAUGGCAGCACGUCUAGUGACCAGGCAAGGUGCUUGAUUUGGUUGGGGAAGCUUGUCGACACAGGAAAGUUUCGUGAUGGAAGUGGCGAGAACCUGUACCUUCGUCUAGCCAGUUCAACAGUUGACAGAGAGAGUAAUGUGUUGAAGAUUGCACUCCCAGUAAUUGCUAGUAUUCUGAUACUCGCAUGCAUCAGCCUUGCGUGGAUAUGCAAGUCAAGAGGAAAACUUCGAAUCAAGGAAACUAAGAACAAAUAUACAGGACAACUGUCAAAAAAUUCCAAAUCUAAUGAACUUGAGAAUGAAACUAUAGAACUUCCAUAUAUUUGUUUUGAAGAUGUUGUUACUGCAACAGACAAUUUCUCAGACUACAACAUGCUCGGGAAAGGUGGCUUUGGAAAAGUUUACAAGGGCCGGUUAGAAGGUGGCAAUGAAGUUGCUGUCAAAAGGCUUAGUAAGAGUUCUGGGCAAGGGGCUGACGAGUUCAGAAAUGGAGUGGUUCUGAUUGCCAAAUUGCAGCAUAGAAAUUUAGUUAGGCUUCUUGGUUACUGCACUCAUGAAGAUGAGAAGUUAUUGCUAUAUGAAUACUUACCUAACAAAAGCUUAGACACCUUCCUUUUUGAUGCCACAAGAGAUAGUGUGCUUGAUUGGCCGACCAGGUUCAAGGUAAUUAAAGGAAUAGCAAGAGGGCUUCUUUAUCUCCACCAAGAUUCAAGGUUAACAAUAAUCCAUAGAGAUCUCAAAGCAAGCAAUGUCUUGUUAGAUGCGGAAAUGAACCCUAAAAUAUCGGAUUUUGGUAUGGCAAGGAUCUUUGGUGGAAAUGAACAACAAGCGAACACUAUCUGUGUUGUUGGGACAUACGGUUACAUGUCACCUGAAUAUGCAAUGGAAGGUUCCUUUUCAGUCAAGUCUGACACGUACAGCUUUGGUGUUCUACUGUUGGAGAUUGUAAGCGGGUUAAAGAUCAGUUCAUCCAAUCUCAUAAUGGAUUUUCCAAGCCUUAUAGCUUAUGCAUGGAGCUUAUGGAAAGAUGGAAAUGCAAGAAAAUUGGUGGACUCGUCCAUUGUGGAGAACUGUCCACUUCAUGGAGUUCUGCGGUGUAUUCAGUUAGGUCUGUUGUGUGUUCAAGAUGAUCCAGAUGCUCGUCCACUCAUGUCAUCCACUGUGUUCAUGUUAGAAAAUGAAACAGCCCCACUUCCUACUCCGAAGGAGCCUGUAUAUUUUAGGAAACGGAAGUAUGAAAUUGAAGACCAAAGAGAUAACGUGGAAAUAUCUCUGAAUGGCAUGACUAUGACAAUGCAAGAGGGGCGUUAAAUGUUUAGUUCCAUUUUGUCCUUUUUUGUAAAAUUCUCUCAUUUGUACAGUUGAGAAAUUCUGUGAUUCAUGUUCUUUCGGACAAACACAUAGUGUAUUGACAUGUAAUCCUCUUUGUGUGCUAUUUUCAUAGAUGGUUUCCAUAUUUUGUGAA